AUGCUUGAUUCUCAUAGUAGUACUUGGCAAUCUUAUCGGGAUCGUAUUAACUUUUAUUUCAAAGCAAAUCGCAUUGAAACCGAUGAAGAUAAAAAAAAGCCUUGUUUCUAUGAUAAUUAUAAAGCAUGUGAAACAUGCGGAUCAAAUAAACAUCUUCGAUCAAAAUGCAAAUAUCGUGAGUUUAUUGGUAAUUUUUGUAAACGAUCUGGUCAUUUAGAACGAGUAUGCAGACAAAGAAAUGAACACCAAAAUUCAACUAAACACAUAACUACAAUUUUGAAAUUGAAUAAUCUUGAUCGAAUUGAACAGCUUAAUAAUUAUUCAUGUACUGUUCCACUGAAAGUCAAUGAUCAUGAUAUUGAUUUUCAAUUAGAUACUGGAACAUUUAAUACAAUUAUUAUUAUCAACGAUUGGUAUAAAACUGGAUCACCUACUAUUCAUCCAUCUCAAUUACAAUUGAAAUGUUAUAGUGGAACACGUAUUAAAAUUAAAGGUGAAUGUUAUGUUACAGUUCAAUAUCAAAACAAAAAUUUUCAAUUAUUAAUGAUACUUGUUAAUGGCAAAAGUGAACCACUUAUUGGUCUUAAAUGGAUUAACAUAUUACAAUUGGACUUAAACAGUCUUAUCCAUACACGAAUUCCUAUUGAAUAUCACAUUAACAAGGUAUAUGAUGUUUCAAAACUUCAAUUAACAUCAGGGUUGCCAGGUGUUCAGGUCCCAAAUGGGGUGCACUGA